GUCAUUUUUGACAACAAAAAUCGAUGAUUUUAAAUCUUUACGUGUCUUUUGUAAUACAUUAAUUUAAUUUUAUAUCGACAAAAUGAAGAUUCCUUACGUUGUAUCAACGAACACGAGACAUGCGUAUCGCACGGCCGAGUUUAUGCAACAGUCUAACGGCGAAGUGCAUCGCAGAAUAUUAGCAGAAAAUUUCGAAUGGGACGAUGGUUACACACCUGCACCACUCUCGUUAUUAGCUGCUGGUGCUCUGUCGAAGAUUUUCCAUAGAAUUAAUCCACUACACAGAAUAUUAAGAAAAGACCGAGAUAUUUUAAUGGAUUUAUUUCCAGCUGACAUCCCCCUCAAAUAUAGCGUCCGUUUAAUAGAGGAUGAACAAUACUGGAAGCGCUCGUUCAAUACCAAGUUCCCAACGAGGCUGGAACUUGGAGUAUCCUUCUGGAAAGGAAAGUAUCUAUCGACAUGUUUGCAAGAAUACUUGGAAAAUGCUAAGCCUGAUUUAUUCCUUGAGGAUGAAGCAACGGAGUUGGCUUCUUUGGUUAGUCCUUAUAUUUACCAAUUAGGAUUGAAUCAGCUACAAAUAAUUCGUCAACCAACGCCACCGGUUCCGGAUCCUAAUACAGUCGAGGACAACUGCGAAUUUAGCGUACCUAAAUUAUACGACCACAUACCACUAGAGCCUGUCCUAAGAAAGUUGUAUAAUCUGCAAGAAAUAUCUCUGGUCUUUGGACUAAAUAAUCUCGGUGAUGAAUAUUUGCCAAGAUACUUUGAAUUUUCUAUACAAGACUGUGAAUCUUUAUGCAGAGGUCUCGAACACUUGAAUCAUAUAAAAACAAUUCGUAUAAAUCGCAGCAACUUGGACUGUUCGAAGGUUAAAGUGAUUCUGCAGAAUAUUGUCAAGAAGGAAACUAUCGAAGAGUUAGAUUUCAAUCAUUGCAAGAUUGGCGAUUAUGGAAUGAAAGCUCUUGGUGGUUUUAUAUACGUUCAUAAGAAUAUAAGGAGAAUCCGUAUCGCUAAUAAUAGAUUUAAAGAAACAGGUGUCGCGGGUAUAGCGUAUGCAUUGCAAAUGAACCCAGAGGCGCCGAUCGAACUUAUUGACUUCAGUUUGAAUCCAAUGUCGCUACAAUGCGCUACAACGUUUGCGGCUGCGUUUGUACGUUGCAAAGAAAAACCAAAGACGUUGAUUGUCAACUCCUGCGGGUUCCGAGGAGCGAGCGCUGAGAAGAUGGCAGGCCUUCUGUGCUUGAACAGAGGUCUGACCAGGUUGGAUAUGGCAGCUAAUAAUUUGUCAGGAGAAGCGGAGGCAACAUUACUGAGCGCGUUAGAACAGAAUAGAAGGAUACUUCGAAUUGAUUUACGAAGAACGCAUAUAUCAGAAGAAACGCAAGCUAGAGUUGAUCAAUUGCUAGAGCGUAACAGGAACCUUGUUGGACAAGAGUCGGAGGCCAGUGAAGAAAUACCACCGCUGUACCUCAACGAACCAGAGUACCUGAUUUGGGAGUACAAUCCUAAUAAUCCUGAUUAUAUUCCCGGAAGAUAUCCAGAACGUGUUCCUGAAAUUUAAUUCCAUAUUUAAAUGGUAGUUUUUUUUUAGUAUUCAGUUAUUUUAUUUAGUUUUAAACUCCAAACGAAUUGCGUUUUUUUUGGAUAAUUUCGCAAACUGAAUUUCUGAUCUUUUACUUUUGUGUUCCUUAUCCAAAUUAUACAUUAUUUAAUACA